UUUUUUUUCUAUCUGCCAUUUUUUCUCAACAACAUUUUCUUUCAGGGAUUACUGGAGGCUACUUCCUUUCCCGGAGGGAUGAACCCUCUGAAUCCUGAAGAUCAGAGGGUGACAUGCGCACUGCACGGAGUGCUCCCAAGCAGCGGACACAAUGCUGGAAAAUAAAGCGAUCACCUUGCUUCUUGAUAUCUUACCGACCUUCAAUAAGCUGUUAUGACUUGUCCCGUCAGGAGAGCGUCGUUCUCGGUAUUCGGUACACGUAAACUUUCCUUGUGGACUGUUGGAGGAGGUGGAUGUGCUGUGCUUGGAGCUAAGUGGGGACCUGUUGAUAGCCCACCGACGCUGAUAUGGAGGUGCCAAACAGAGAAGAAUAGCAUGUAACCCAAACAACAAGUCACAAAGAGAGCACUAAAGCUGAACAAUCUGACAGAAUAUGAUGGAGAUCAUGGAUACUCAGCGUGCCUUGGAGGCUGUGGAGAGACUGCAAGCCAAACUGAAGGAGAGAGGAGAGGCCCCCGCACAAGAGAAACUCUCCCUGCUAAAGACUGUCCUGCAGAGUCCCCUGUUCCAUCAUAUACUCAGCCUACAGCAAGCUCAGCGGAAGCCCCCAGCAGUGAAGCCCAAUCAGGGGAAGGCAGUUUCCAAAUCUGUUUCCUUGAACUGUGGCCCCUGCCAGGGCGUGACGCUGGGCCUGAAGACCCUGAGCCACAGCGACUCCUACACAUGGGCCAUGGAGAACCGGAGGCCCAGCACCGCCAGAUCCCAUAACAAGGACAGCAGCAUCUCUUCUCUUGACUCGCAAGAUCUGUCCUUCUCAGACUUUUACUCGGACAACUGCAUUCAUGCAGCAUCACAGUACUGCACUCCUCCUCGUAUCUCCCGCACCAUGUCAAUGGGGAGGAACUUGUCUGCUAUUGCUCACGAGAGGCGUCAUGUGGAGAUGAUAGAGCUGAACAAUGAUGGGAAAGGGCUUGGUUUUGGCAUCAUUGGAGGGCGAAGCACAGGAGUCAUGGUCAAGACUAUUCUUCCUGGUGGAGCUGCAGGACAGGAUAAGCGCCUGCGUAGCGGAGAUCAAAUCUUGCGCAUUGGAGAUACAGAUCUGGCAGGCAUGAACAGCGAGCAGGUCGCACAGGUACUGCGAAAUGCUGGUAGCAAGGUGAAACUGCUCAUCGCCAGGGAUGUUACCAAGGACAACCACCUUUCCUCUCCUGCCCUUGGCCAGGACAGCUUGGACGACAAGCUUAAUGACUUGAACGAUGACAAUGAGUUCAGUGUGCAGUUCACUAAAAACAGCCGAGGCCUGGGAUUCACCAUUGCUAGCUACAUAGGUGACCUAAACUCAGUCUACAGUGCUGGUGUGAUAGUGAAGAGCAUAGUGAAAGGCAGCACCGUGGAUCAAGAUGGACGUAUCCACAUUGGAGACAUCAUUCUAGCAGUGGAUGGAGUGAGCCUGCAGGGCUGCAGUGAGCAGCGUGCCAUGGAGGUGCUGAGGAGAACAAGUCCUAUGAUCAGGCUGAAGCUGCUUAGGAAGGCUGUCUGUCUGAGUCACAUCCUGCCGCCAGUUCCCCCCCUGCAGCCCCUCAGACACUCACACAGCUUUCAUGAGGGCAAUCCCUACAGAGUGGGCCUCAACAAGAUUCAAGAGACAGGAAUCAGCUCGCUGCGUGAAAUCUCCCGGCAAGCAUACGCCAACAGACGACCCCGACAUGAUUCCAGAAACGGUGUGAAAUUCUCUCCUGAAGAGGAGGAAGAUCUGAGGAAGAGGUGGCAGCAUGCAGUCGGGCCACGAUAUGAAGUUAUUGUGAGUCAAAUGGAGCGUUUUGCUGAGACAAGUGGUCUUGGAGUCAGUCUGGAGGCCCGGGCAGGACAUCACUACCUGUGCUCCGUCUUACCAGAGGGGCCCGUUGGACAAAGUGGCGAGAUCUUUGCUGGAGAUCAGAUGCUUGAGGUUAAUGGGAUCCCUCUGAUUGGAGAGACACAUAAGGAGGUGGUCAACAUCCUGAAGGAGCUGCCUGUGAAUGUCUGCCUGGUUUGCUCUCGUAUUGUAGCCCCUGUUAUUCCUGACAGUGAUGAGGAAGAAGACGAGGAGGUCGGUCUCACGCUGAAAGAACUGCUGGCUGAGUUCAAUGACAAGCUGGACCAGGGCUGUGUCAUUCCCUGUCCUACGGCUGAGGACAUCACCAAGCGUGGCGUGCCCCCCAUGUCUCCUCCUCUGGCCAUGUGGGAGAGAGAGGCUCAGGUGGUCGAGCUGGAGAAAGGCGAAUCUGGUCUGGGCUUCAGUAUCCUGGACUACCAGGAUCCAGAGGAUGCUACAAGAACAGUUCUGGUAAUCCGCUCCUUGGUGCCUGGAGGUGUAGCAGACCGAGAUGGUCGCCUGCUUCCUGGUGACCGGCUCAUGUUUGUUAAUGAAACUGAUCUAGAAGGCUCAAGUCUGGAUUAUGCUGUGCACAUCCUGAAGUCCACCGGCUAUGGCCCUGUCCGCAUUGGAGUUGCCAAACCACUGCCGCUGGAGCUGUGUGGUGGCUUGACGCCCAUCUCAGAGAGAAGCACCAGGGCUUCCUGCGAUGACACAGAGAGCCACACUCAGGUCAGCCUGUUAGCUGAGGCAGCGGAGGCUAACAUCAACAGCUACACCUGCAACUUUGAGGACAACAGCAUCAUUCACCCGUGUUACGCUACAACGGAAAGCGAGCUGCACCGUCGUUUUGGCAUCAUGGGAGACAACGGAAGGCAGCAAGCGCCACCUCUGCCCCCCCGCACCAGCUUUGAGAGGACAAUCACUGUUGUCCGGGGCAACCGUAGCCUUGGGAUGUCGGUGAGUGCUAUCAAGGACGGCUCAGGCAUGCUGGUGCGCAGUGUGGUCCAGGGGGGCUCUGUUAGCCAGGAUGGCAGGCUGGGGGUUGGGGAUGCCAUCUUGGCCAUCAAUGGAGAACCUACCUCCAACCUGACCAACGCCAGGGCCCGGGCUAUGCUCCGCAGACUCUCUGUCAUAGGGCCAGAGAUGAGUAUAACCUAUGUCCCAGCCCACCAGGUGGACAAGCACCGCAGCCGUCUGUGUUUACCUCCUCUGGCAUCAAUCUUAGUUGACAGCACCCCUCCAUCACCCACUCCACCCCCUCCUUCUCCAGAACCUGCCUCAGCCUCGACCAGAUCCCUCGGUCCAGUCAGAGCUGUGGAGCCAACCGCAGCCUCAUCUGCCCUCAAACCCUCGGCCUCGGUCAAAGUUAAAUCUGCAGCUCCGAAUCCAGCAGCUGUCAGAGCCUCUGCUUCGUUCAGCGCUCUCUCUAAAGGUUCAGCCAUGGUCCCCACCAUCAGACCCGCCCCUGACUCAAGCUGGCAGAUACAAAAAUCUCCACCUUUCAUGAAAAAGGUGGAGGCAAAACAAGUUGGUAUGAUUCUGGAGGAGAAAAGGGACAAGAAUAGUGGAGAUGGGAAAGUACCAAAGCCAGAGGUAAAGGUGGAUGGUAAAUGCGAGGAAGAAGAGGAGUUUUAUUCUCAUGCAGCAGUAUCGUGGGAUCAGCCUAGAAGUGUGCGGCUGACUCGAGCACCGGGUCAGUCCCUUGGUAUCAGCAUAAUGGGAGGCAGAGGCAUGGGCCGCAGACUGAGCGGUGGAGAGAUGAUGAGGGGAGUCUUCAUCAAGAGCAUCAGCCCCGACAGCCCGGCAGCACAUAAUGGCACCCUCCGGACUGGAGACAGGAUACUAGAGGUGAGUGGUGUAGACCUUCGAGACGCCAGCCAUGAGCAGGCAGUGGAGGCCAUUCGCAGGGCUGGAUUCUCUCUGGUCUUUCUGGUCCAGUCUGGACAACGCAGAUCUCAGUCCCCUAUACUCACCAACCAUGAGAGACUAACUUCAACACCGCAGUCCAACUCCCACUGCACCAAGGAAUCAGAGAAGUCCAGUGGUCUGUUCCUUAGUCUCCCCCCUACAAACCCCUUCACUCCCACCCCCUUUAAGGUAUCUUCUCCGACAUCAGAUAGAAAGCAUCGGAGAAGCCCCAUAACGGUCACAACACCAAACACGGCUGCUGCUGAAGACGAGGACAACACUGGCAGGAAAAAGAUGCUUCAGCGGUAUGGCAGCCUGUCUGGGAAGCUCCAUAUGAUUGAGCUGGAGAAAGACCCUGCAGCACACAGCCUGGGAAUCAGCCUCACAGGGAACAAGGAGAGUUCCAGGGCCCGCAUGGGUGUCUAUGUGUCGGACAUAGAUCCUCAAGGACCUGCUGGUUUAGACGGGAGGAUAUGGGUUGGAGACGAGCUUCUGGAGAUCAACGGUCAGAUCUUGUAUGGCCGGAGUCAUCAAAACGCCUCUACAAUCAUCAAUAAUGCUCCGUCUAGGGUCAAGAUCAUUCUUAUCAGAAAUAAAGCAACUCCAGGUCAAACAACCCAGGGAUCCACAACAGAGUGUGAGGAUGCAGUGGACUUCCGAAAAGACUCUGCGGGGUGUGGAGGAUUAUCCAGAGACAUCCAACACAUCAUCCUACCUCAGGACCAUGUUGGUCUCGGCAUCUGCAUGGCUGAGGAGGAGUCCAAGGAAGGAGUGGUUGUCCGGUCCCUAAUUCCUCACGGCACCGCCAGUAAGGAUGGCAGGAUAAAGGUUGGAGACAGAAUCAUAGCAGUGGGUGAUGAACCAGUGGCAGUGCUGUCAGUGGACAAGGUGUCCAGUUUGAUCCUCAGACACAGGGUCACUGUCAAGCUCUCCAUCAGCCGCUCCAAGAGUCUCUCCUCAUCCUCCUCCACUUCGACUCUACCUCUCCCAUCAUCUCUGUCCAACCCUCACUCUCUCUCUCCUGUGUCCUCUCUGACGCUCCCUGUCUCCUCCUCCUCCUCCACCUCUUCACCCCUCACUAACAUGCAGACUUCUCAAACUGGGCAAUCUCAUUCAGAAGGAGCAGCUUCUUCAACUACAGACCCAAUGAGCUGCCCAGUUGGGGCUGGCAGGGAAACCACCAUAGAGAUCUGCAAAGGAAAUGUAGGCCUGGGCCUCAGCAUCGUAGGAGGAUAUGACACUCUACUGGGGGCAGUAAUAGUCCAUGAAGUCAAUGAUGGAGGAGCGGCACAGAGAGAUGGACGACUGCAGGCUGGAGACCAGAUUCUAGAGGUUAAUGAUAUAGACCUGCGGCAGGCCACCCACGACGAGGCCAUUGGGGUGCUGCGGCUCACCACCCAGCGCGUUCGCCUGUGUGUCUUCAGACACCAAGAGUCCUACAGGGAGGAGGACCUGUGGGACGUGUUUGGCCUGCAGCUCAAGCCUUGUCCUGGAGAGGGGCUGGGGUUUACCACUGUGGGGAAGAGUAAUGACACAGGAAUCUUUGUGUCGGAUAUCAUCAGAGGAGGUGUAGCGGAUUCAGAUGGCAGGUUGUUGCUAGGUGACCAGAUUCUGUCAAUCAAUGGAGAGGAUGUCCGUGCGGCAUCGCAGGAACAUGCACAGAAACUACUACAGAGCUGCAGCGGGGCAGUCCACCUGGAGGUGGCUCGUUUCAAAGCCGGUCUGCAGUGCUCACAGCGGAGCCAGAGCGAAGACUCUGACUGUUCCACCCUGACCCCCUCGAGUGGAUGCGAUGCUUCUCUUGGCCACCAGAGGGAGACAAAUAACAGAGCUGGAAGCUACUGUGAGUUGGCUCGUGAUCAGGAGUGUUCAUUUGUAGAACACUCUGGGAUCAAAAAAGUGACAAUAAGAAAGGGUCCAUUCGACUCUCUGGGCAUCAGUGUAGCAGGCGGAGUGGGUAGUCCCCAUGACAACAUACCUCUUUUUAUUGCUGCCAUGGAUACCAAUGGACUAGCUGCCAAAACACAGCAAUUGCAGACAGGAAACAGGAUCCUCAGUAUCAAUGAUGUGUCCACCGAGGGAAUGAGUCAUGUCCAGGCUGGAGUUCUGCUGAAGAACGCCACUGGAACCAUCACUCUGCAGGUGGCAGCAGGUUCUGAUGGGUGGAGCACAAAGGACCACAAUGAUGUGCAUGCCCGGUCAUCAGGCCAGCCUAGCAGCCUGCCCUGCUCCCAAAACAAUCUGUGCGCUCGCAUGUAUAAGACCAUAACUCUGGAGAGGGGCGCGUCAGGCCUGGGCUUCAGCAUUGUCGGAGGGUUCGGCAGCCCACAAGGAGACCUGCCCAUCUACAUUAAAACCAUCUUCAACAAGGGGGCCGCCAUAGAGGACGGCAGGCUAAAACGUGGAGAUCAGAUCAUUGCUGUGAACGGACACUGCCUGGAAGGUGUGACUCACGCUGAGGCCGUGGACAUCCUAAAGAAAACCAAGGGAACUGUAGUCCUAACUGUACUCUCCUGAGACGUAGCCCGCUGUUGUGUGUGUUGUCAUUUUGUCUAUGUUAAGUCUUAGCUGCCUUGGGUUAACAUGCUACACAAGAAACUUAAAAGGAGAAUUAGGAAGGUUAUAGAAAUAUACAGUAGCUUUGUGUAAGAAGAUGCUAUCUUUGUCAAUGUAUUUGUGUUUAGUUUUGGGAAGCUACCUCUAUCUGCAAACACAGCCUGGGCAUGUUCUCACACACAGUAAUCCUGAUUAUAACUUAUAUACCAGUGAUGGUGUUACUUAAAUGAAUGUGUGAUGUGAAUCUUCAUGUCCCAGUCAUGACCAGCUCUGUAUUCAUACAUCCAGGAUACUUUAAGCAGAUAUUAAAUACGCCAUACCACAGUGUCCUAAUUGAUAAAGUUAUAUUGUGUCUUAGUUAUCCUGUUCAAGGUAUUUAUAAUACAGUAAUGCAUCAAUAUGCAUCACUGCUCAAUUGAACACACUCAUGAAUAAACUACAAUUCUGAUAUACUGACCAAAGAACCAUAUCUUGACACACGAUGUCACAAGUAUUCAGUUAAUUCAUACUUAACUCCUGCGAUAACUCUUACAAACCAAAACAUGCCAAGUGCUUCUGCCAUCUUUCGUGUGGCAUUAAGUUUGGAAACUUGCUUUGAAAGAUAAUGCAUCUUUCAUUUCUCUCAUCUCACAUAUUCCUAUUAUUUAAAGUAUGUCAUGGUUGCUUGAGUAAGUAAUAAUAAUCAGCAAAGAUUAUCACUUUAUCUUCAAAGGAUGGUUGUUGUUUUUUUGAAGUGAGGUUGUUUGAGGUACUUGUCAUUAGUACAGUAAAUGUAUUACCCACAGAGGAAGCUGGUCAGCUCAGCCCCUUUGUUGAGGAACCUGCCAGAGGACCAGAAUAAGAGCUAGGCUAUCAACCACUACAGACCAGGUCAACUGUACUAUUUAUUAAGCCAAUUUUAAGAAGGUACGACCCAAGCACUAAUGUUGUUGUAAGUGUGAGUAUUACUUUGCUAUCAGAGAGCCCUUCAUUUUUGCACCAUUUGGGGUUCUUAACACAUGCAUGUGCUUUGGCCUGCAGUGCGCUGAUUAACUGUUGAGGUCUAUGAGUCAACUUGACUUUGACAUACAUCCAUGACAUAUCCUGUAGACCAUGUGUUUGUGUCAUGUAAUAAGAAAUGAUGUGCAUUGGCUCACAGUUUACACAUCUGUACCACCAGGUAACUUGGGAUCCCUCUCAAGUGAACUCAGAAGUUCCUCCCCUCUCUCCUUCAGUCCGUUGAGUCUCUUUCUUCCUCUGGAAACUCUUGUUCAUAAAAGUGCCUUCUUGUGACCACAGUAAAUGACAUGCUAUUGUUACAAUCAUAAUCUGCAUAAUCCGCCAUCUGCAGGCGUUGAUAGCCUUCAGUGUUGGUCCCCCAGACGGUUUCUCAACAAAGGGGCCGAGCUGACUGGGACCCUCUUUAGUUAAUACACUUACUAUUGUUAAGUACCUCACUUGAAAACAUGAAUGGACUAUCUCUAUCCUCUUCUAGGUAAAAUAUAAAAACACAAAGUACUAAUACUAUUCUAACUAUUAAAAGCAGCUGUUUCUUCCAGUCGCUUUAGCAACUGAUUUUAAGUUGUAUCUGUUGUAUUUUUAGAACUACAAAUUAGUAUUGUUAAAGUGUUAAGUGCACUCCUCAUUUAGAAAUCUUCUCAUACCUUGUUUUUUAUUAAUUUAUUUUUACUGACUUAUUUAUGUUUUCCUCAGUUAUUUAUUUAAUUUGUGUCUGUAGUCCUCAGAACCACUCUGGUUUGUCACAGUGUAACAAUGUUUAACUGAAUGUACUUUAAGUGAUCUUAUUAAAUGCUCAUUUGGUA